AUGGACAACACAAGAAUCUCUCUAAGGCCAUUCAACAUUGCUGAUGCUAACAACCUCUUUACAUGGGCUAACGACGAAAACGUUACAUAUUAUCUAAGAUGGAACACAAUCACAUCAAUUGAAGCAGCAAGAAAUUACAUCCAACAAGUUGUAAUUCCACAUCCAUGGCGUCGAUCCAUUUGUUUGGAUGAUCGAUCAAUCGGAUACGUAUCGGUAAGGCCAGAAUCAGAGAGUGAUCAAAAUCAUAGAGCUCACAUUGGAUAUGCAAUUGGUUCUGAUUAUUGGGGACAAGGAAUUGUUACUAAGGCAUUAAAAAUGGCUAUACCAAUUGUGUUUAAUGAUUUUCCUAAUUUGGUGAGGGUAGAAGCAUUGGUGGAACCUCAAAAUAUAGGGUCACAAAAGGUGUUAGAAAAAGUUGGUUUCAAAAAAGAAGGAUUUUUAAGGAAGUAUGGUUUUAAUAAAGGUGAAAUUAGAGAUAUGUUCAUCUAUAGCUUCUUAUCAACUGAUCAAAUUUUGUGA